CUGUUUUCAGUUGUAUGCGGUGUUGCGGUGUAAACUUGUGAAGUUUCGUCUUUCGUGUUGUGGAACGUGUGUUAUAUUUGUGUUGAAUUAAUAGUUUUUUGAAAUUAAAUUGAUUUUAUAAUUAAAUUAAUUGAUCUUUGUGUGUUGUGUAUCGUACUGUCAUUCUAAGUGCUUUCAAUUUCAUAGUGAUUACUCAUUUCUUGAUUUGUUUCAAAACCUUUUCGUGAAGUGUUAGUUCUGCUUCUGAUUACUUUGUAUUCAUCGUGUCGGUUUGCAUGCGAAGAAAUUUUUCUUUUGAAUAUUCAAAGUGUUCCGUAUUAUUUAUCUCGAUACAAUGUUUUCAACAUUACCUUAUGAAUUACUUAUGGCGGAAUGAUCGAAGUGGACGAGGGGGUUAGCAGUUCACGAGGUACGGCCAGGGACAGAGCGGCUCAGGCGAUCCAUUAUUACAAUAAUAACGUGCUAAAAGCCAGAACCGGUUCCAGAUCGUCCGCGUACUCUUAUCAGCAGCAUCAACGAAUUCGCGGAGGCGCCGCUGCCGCCACAGCUGCCUUCAAUUCCCGUACCGAUAAUCUUUACCGUAGUAAUUCCAGUUUGGAGUUGUUGCACGAUUCUAAUCUAAACGAGUGCCAUCGUAAUCGCCUAGAAAACGUGGUCACCCCUACGUUGAAACGUGAAUACGGUAGUCAUGGGUCCAUCGACGUCAUCGCCGCCGCCGCCGUCGUUGAUCAAAAAGACGACAGAGAUUUGGCCAGAGAGCAGUUCUUCUCCAUGCUGCAGGAUUAUAAACCGGCGGUAUUUGAUCUCAUAAAACCAACCCGAUCACUGUACGACUCGAAACCAUCAUCGGCAGACUACGCUUCGGUGCUGGAAAAUGGUCGCAGAACGGAAACGCAGUUAACCGCUGGCUCCAGUCGUCUGCCAAUCGAAGACGAAUACUCUCUAUCGACGAACAAAACAAACCACAUCUCAACCACCGUCGCCACUAGUCCAAAACCUAAAUCCAAAUUCUCGAAAUUUUGGAGCUCGAGCAGUAACAUGAACAGCAGCAGCGGCGGCAGCGGUGGCGGUGGCAGCGCCGUCAACUGCAUGGGGGGUGGUUCUUCGAAAAACGCCAACGAUAGCCCGACUGAAUUAUCUUCUCAGGCGACUCAAUCAAAUUGCACAGCCGGAGCUGCCGGAGGUAGCGUCGAAGUGGAUGAAAAACAAAGACGUAGAGCUUUCGCCCAUUACGACUGCCAGUCAUUGAUCGCCAAACUAGGAUACGGUGGCAAAUUGAAGAGUUUGUUGUCGAAAAGACGUAACACUACGACCGGCGCUUCGGCUGCGUCCAUGCUGAGUGGCAGAUCAACGACACCGGAUGGUGACAGUGGCGAAGAAGAUGCCGGCGAUGGACGUAGCAACGAAUUACUCGAAAGCUGUCCCUUCUUUCGGAAUGAAAUCGGCGGAGAAGAAGAACGCGUCGUUAGUCUAACUCGCAGCUAUUCGCCGUCGUAUACGAAGCAUUGGAAAGAUCCGCAUCAUAGACCACCCCUGUCGUGCGGAGUGUCAAUUUUAGAAUAUCCAGUCGGCGAAACGCAUUGGAAAAAUGGCGCCUGUCCGUAUCGCAGGAAUACUAAAACUAUAGAGAACGUCGACGAAGGCGCGCAGUACUAUAGGAAAUACUUUUUCAAACAAGAUCAUCAAAAUUGGUUCGGAGCGGACGAAUCAUUAGGUCCGGUCGCCAUUAGCAUCAAAAGGGAGAAGGUCGAUGCUGUGGUACAGUCUGAGAACAGCGGCGGUGGCAGCAGCAGUACCGCUACGAAUGGUAGUAAUAGCGUCACGCAAUUAUGCAGAUAUCGGUUAAUCGUUCGAACCAGCGAGCUGCAGACUUUAAGAGGAUCGGUGCUAGAAGAUGCGAUACCAAAUUUAAAACCUUCCCAUAGCGUUAAAAAUAUCAAUACCAAAGAAGUUCUAGAAUAUGUUAUACCCGAAAUACAACUAUCGUGUUUAAGAUUAGGUAUGAAUACGCCUCAAGUAGAAGAUCAGUUAUUAAAAUUGGACGAACAAGGAAUCAGUCGCCAUUAUAAAAUCGGAGUGCUUUAUUGUCGCGCUGGUCAAGCGACUGAAGAAGAAAUGUACAACAACGAGGAUGGAGGACCGGCUUUUAACGAAUUUUUAGAAACAAUUGGUCAAAAAGUCAGAUUAAAGGGGUUCGACAAGUACAAAGCCGGAUUAGAUAAUAAAAGUGACUCGACCGGAUUGUAUUCUGUUUACGCUCAUUACAAAGAUUGUGAAAUUAUGUUCCACGUUUCUACCAUGUUACCGUUUACACCAAAUAAUAGACAACAAUUAUUAAGAAAACGCCAUAUUGGUAAUGAUAUUGUCACCAUUGUGUUUCAAGAACCCGGCGCGCAGCCAUUUACGCCGAAAAAUAUCAGAUCUCAAUUUCAGCACGUGUUUAUCGUCGUCAGAGCCAUCAAUCCGUGUACUGAUUGUACGCAGUAUAGAAUUGCGGUCACACGAUCAAAAGACGUAGCAUUAUUCGGUCCUCCAAUUCCAAAAGGCGCUAUUUUCAAUAAAUCUAAAAAUUUCGCAGAUUUCUUAUUGGCUAAAGUGAUAAAUGGAGAAAACGCAGCUCACUGUUCGGAUAAAUUCGCCACUAUGGCUACGCGAACCAGACAAGCAUAUUUGAAAGACCUUACCACAAAUUACGCCACCAACACAGUGUUAGAAAGUUCUCAAAAAUUUUCCAUAAUAUCAUUCAGUAGUAAGAAAAAAGAACGAUGGAGACCGAGAUUCGUUCCAGACGGUACCCAGCGUGGCGCCAUUUGCUGGCAAGUUUUACUCGAAGAUAGCAACCAAUCAAUUAUAAUUCAUUGUUUUCUCGCUGUUUCGGCUGAUUCAUUGGUUUUAGUCGACGAAAGCACCAAUAAUAUAGUUUUCGUUACGCCGUGUAAAUCCAUUUUGGGAUGGUCUACGCAGACGAAUAGUCUACGAUUAUACUACCACGAAGGUGAAUGUGUCACUAUGCAUAUGAGAGAAAGUGGAGACCGAGACGAAUUAAUGGAAGUAGUCGUCAGAUUAAGAUCAGUUACUUCGGGUUCAGCGGCGCAAGAAUUGUCGUUGAAACGUAACGCUGUCGGACAACUAGGCUUUCACGUUCAACUAGACGGCGUGGUAACUCAGGUGGAACCGAUGGGACUAGCGUGGCAAGCAGGAUUACGCCAAGGAGCCAGAUUAGUUGAAAUUUGCAAAGUUGCUGUGGCUACCUUGACUCAUGAUCAAAUGGUUGAUUUGUUGAAAACUUCGUUGAUGGUCACCGUCACUGUGAUACCGUCUUUACCGGAUGGUGCUCCGAGAAGAGGAUGCUCGGUGCAGAAUUGUAAAUAUAGUUCAAUUAACGAUAAAGAAGAUUACGACAGUUGUUCUAGUCCGGAAGAUCAAAAAUUAUUAUUGCAUAAUCCAGCCUCUCUACAGCAACCUGUGAUAGGAGGAAAGCACAAGAAAAUGUACGAACGUAGCUUUUCGCCUCCACGUUCCAGUAACAGUUCAGGGUACGGAACUGGCAGCAGUAAUAAAUCAUUCAACGGUAACGAUAACAAAUUGAACGCUAACGCCGUCAACAAUAAUAAUUGUCCAAAUAUCAACGCUAAUAAAAUAUCGCCGAAUUGCAACGUUCUCAUGAACGGAGGUGGUGUUGGCGGAAGUGGCAGCGGCGAGUCUUUAAUGAACAGCAUAUCGAGCGCGCAGACGACAGAGGAUAGUUGGUACGAUGUUCUAGAUACGGAAGGUGUGCCGACAAACGUACGAAACAAUAUGUCACCGCCUCCGUUACCAGCUCGUAUACUAUCUUCGGUGACGCCCAAUUCGAAUAGAAUGCCGUAUAAAUAUUCGUCUCAUACGAAAAUGAAGAUGAAUAGUUCGUUACCUCUUUCAAAUGUUAAUUCUUCGUACUCGUUGCCGGUACUAUUGACCAACGAUUCGGAUUUGGAUUACGUUAAAUCCAGAGAUUUCAUUACCGGUGAAAAAGUAACGUGUUUGAUGAAAGCUGAACGUAGUCAUAAAGUUCGAAGGCAGCUGGAACAGAAAAUGCCUCAUCCUAGUUUAAAAGUCGACGAUUACUGCACGAGAUCAGAGAUGAGCUCUAGUUUACCACCGGAAACGCUGAAAACGUUAUCAGCCAGCGAUGGUCAUUCGACCGAUACGAGUUCAACGAGUGAAAAAGCUUUCCCACCAAGCGAAGAUGAACUAUCCAUCGAUAGCGUUGGAAACGCGUCGCCAAAAUUGAGAUCGACGGUAACGAAAUCCAAUGCUAGUAGUUCGAAUGGAUGUAGUAGGAAUAACAGUCCUCGUCUCAAAGAUACGGGUGAACCGCGUCUUAGACCGGGAGCUGGUUCGCGUUCCUCGAAUAGAAAUAGCGCUAAUCUUACGUCGAGUACACUUCAACAAGAUCUCAUGAAAUUAAUUAAUCCAGAUUACGCUACCGAAGAUAAUAAUUGUGAUAUCAGCGAACCAUCUCAGCAAUCUGGAAACUAUUCGAUUAUUCAAAACGAAUACUCCACCGAUCCAUCCACCGAAGAUGAUAAAUGCGUUAAAACCAAAUCGAAAGAGAAUAUUUCAACGCCUCAGAAAGCGAAUUUGAAAAAUGGCUGCGCUUCUAAUUCCGUCAUCGUCACCACUGCCAGACCAGCUACGGUCAUUUUUAAUGGCUCGACGUCGUCGCAGCCUAAAGAUAACGUUUUAUCGAAAGAAGAAAGAUUAUCUCUUCGUGUAACGAAUGUUUCAAAUUCGAAACACGAUCCACCGUGUCUUCCGUUACCGGAUACUAAAGAAAUGGAUUGGCCGAGCUUAGUCGAUACGGCUACUAAAGCUAUGUUACAGACUGCCAACGAAGAAAACUCAUCAUCUUUGUUAUCAUCUAAUCAAACCGACGAUGAUUUUCAUUGGAUCGAUAGCUCGGAUGAAUUCCAUUUCAGCAUGACUCCCGGAGUCGAGAAUAAGAAAAAUAUCCAACAACAAUUUCAAAAAUAUCUUUCCGAAUUGGAAAACCGUCUAAUGAAAGAGACCCAACUUCGUUUAACACUAGAACAAGAGGUGCAUUCGUUGAGAGACGAAAACAGAAGACUGCAACAAGAAUCCCAGAGCGCAGCUCAACAGCUUCGUAGAUUUACCGAGUGGUUUUUUCAAACCAUAGAUAAACAAUGAAGGUAUUUUUAUAUGGACACUAUUUCGUAAUAAUUUUCAUUUCCCUUCAAUAAAUAUCGCAUUUUUGUGAUAAUUUUUUAUCAAAAAUUUACCGGCUCAAAUUAUUCAAAUCGCUGUGAUAAUUUUUAUAACCUGUAAAACUCGCUUUUUAUACAAAAUGAUGAGAAACUCUUCAAAAUGUAUAAUCCUAUCUACCUCAUUGAUGACUUGUGAAAUUACUCUGUGUAUCAAAAAAAGAUCAAAAUAUUUUUCUCGAUUAUUUCAUAAUAAUGGAAAAUCAAGAUUAGAGAUUCCAUCGUGUUAACUUUAUUCGUAGCUAAUUAAAUGCUUUUUUGGAACAUCUCCCCCCCUCCUUUUUUACGCAUAUUCACGGUAAUUAAUGAGUAAGCAUUUCGCGGGUGUGAUAUGACUACAUGCAUCUAGUUGCGUUAAUAAUUGUUGUUUUUUAAAUAGAAAAAUAUCUAGAAUACUUAAAAUGUAAUACUGUAAUUUGAAAAACAGUUACCUUAUAAUAUUAAACAAGUUAUUUUAUCCCAGAGUUGAGUUUUUAUUAGAAAUAUUUAUUGGAAUUGAAAUGAAUGUAUCUAAUCUACGGUUGGUAUCAACUCUGGAAUAUUCAAAAUGCAUUUAUUUUAUUACGCACUUCUAGAGCUUUUAAUCGUAUAUUUCAACUUUCAUACUCAUUGAUUAAUUUUUUCUUAUUUGUAUCGAGCUUUUCGGGAUUAUUGUUGUACUUCAAACUACAUUUGUGAAAUCAGUAUUACAAUUCCGGUAAAAUAAUUUUUGUCUAUUGUGACUGAUAUGUUGUGAAUAUUUCGAACUUUUCUUCUUUCAGAUUAUUUUCACGAUGUAGGUAUAUUUUUUUACGUUGAUUACAUUGUUAUACUUUUUUUGUGCGAAUUCGUUAUAUUAAUUUAAUUUUAUUGUUUUGUGCGUUGUUAUAAUUACAGUUUUGUAUAUUUCACCGAAAUAUUAUUAAAUAUUUUACUUCA